UCAUGCCCCUUUAGCAUAUACUCAAUUUUUCUUUCACCACUCUCAUCUCAUCACUCCCUUUUGAGUUUAAACUCUCUCCCCUCCCACUGAACAAGAACAAGGUCCUCUCUUGUUGUGUUGGACACGAAGAUCAUGGGUCAUUUCAGGCAUCCAUAUAUCCAAGCUGCAAAAACGUUCAGCCACUUCUGCAAUUCCAAUAAAACCAUCAGAUUCUUACUCUCCUUCUCACUCUUAUCUGUCAUUUUGUCCCACUCUUCAUUGCUCCCUUUUCUUCUCGAAUCCUUCCAUGUCCACGUUUCUCCUUUUCCCUUGAAACCUUUUAGCUACACCAUUGACAAGAACUAUGUGUUCCUGCUUUGCAAUGGACUCCUAGUUUUUAUUGUAAAGAACUCUGGUCUAGUCGGGAAUAAUUCUUCAUUAUGGCAUGAUCUUGAUGAAGAAUUUGUCUUGAAGAAUGGAGAUAGUAGGCCAUCAGAACAGGAACUUGGACUGUCAGAGAAUAAGGCGUCGGAUGGAAGUAAAAAUGCACUACCUGAAGUUGAAGAGGAAGAAGAAAGAGCAAAUGGGACUUUGAUUGCGCUAGGAGAAGGAGAGAAUGGGCUAAUUUUGGCUAUGCACGAUGAAGAUGAAGAACAAGAUAAUGGCCUUGUUAUCAUCAAAGAAGAAGAAGAAGAAGAAGGAAACGGACUCGAGCUUCUGAGUACAGAAGAGUUGAACAAAAUAUUUGAUGAUUUUAUCAGAAAGAAGAAAGAAGAAAUAAAAUUCGGAGGCCAGCAACUGAUCGUGGUUUGAUUUUUGCGACUAAAGCACCCGCGCGCACAGUGCUAGUCAUGAUGCUCAGCCUGUCAAAAAGAUGCCCGACUUUGAUUUUUCUGGAGGGUCU